UUUCAUCCCAAACGAAACAGGAAGUGGCUCCAUUCACUGUGUACAGCGCGGCACACGAGUUAAGCCAGUGUCCAUGUUCACGGCUCGCUAUAAACAACAUGAAUGUAUCAGAAAACGGAGCCGAGCCGGCUGCCAUCACGGUGCACAACUUCUCGGAGAAGAUCAUGGAGCAGGUGAUCCACUUUCAUGUCAUGAAGCUGAGCGGCGGCUUCUUCCUGUGGGUCGGUACCAGUCCGCUGCUGUCCAAUCUGGCGGUUUCAAUGAGCAGCAAAUAUGAUCCGAUGCCGUUAUCUACAUUAGUCCUGGGGGAUCCAUCAAACACUGCUCCAAACUCGUUGGCACAGAGAUUAGCAAAGAAGACAAAGAAGCAAGUGUAUGUGAGUUACAGUCUCCCAAUGACAGACUCCAACCUCUCUCUGUUGGUGGAGAACAGGAUCAAAAAAGAGCUGGAGCUUCACCCUGAACACUUUUAACAUUUCAUCCUUUUCGCUCGCUCUCUUUUUGUGAGGAAAGGGCUCAUGCAAGACGGAGGACAACACACUUCAUUCUUCUCCUUUUGUCACCAUCUUCAUUGGACUUACAUGCUUUGUUAAAGUUAUACAACUCCAGACGUACAUGAAAACUCUUAGUGUAAUCAUAUACAAACACAGCACACCAAGUGGUCACAUCAAGUGUUCAUUUAUUGACAUAAUCAAUAAAUUAAGUGGUUUAUUAUCAAAACAUGUAGGCCUAUGGCUUUUUAUACAAAUGCAUCAUAUUAAAAAAAUAACACUUAGAAAACGGCA